AUGUCGGCAGUUGGCCGAAGUGACGGUCUCGUUCAGCGCCAUACAGGUGCUGCUAAAAGUAAUGAAAAUAGAGAAACCUCUGCUAAUGGGGAGCAGUCCCGGUACGAUCAAAAUGAAAAUUACGACAACGACAAGCAAACCAGACUGACACUUAUGGAAGAAGUCCUCUUAUUAGGUUUGAAAGAUCGUGAGGGCUACACAUCAUUCUGGAAUGACUGUAUUUCGUCUGGUUUACGUGGUUGUAUGAUAAUAGAGCUAGGCCUACGAGGGAGAAUUCAAUUAGAGAAGACAGGUUUGAGAAAAAGGAGUCUUGGUUCUCGAAAGAUUAUUUGUGUUAAUGAUGAACCAACUGGCGAUGUCCUUUUGGACGAAGCUUUACGGCAUAUAAAAGAUACUCAACCUGGUGAAAAUGUUCAAACUUGGGUUGAAUUACUGAGUGGCGAAACCUGGAAUCCAUUGAAAUUACAUUAUCAGUUACGCCAUGUACGAGAACGAAUUGCUAAGAAUCUUGUGGAAAAAGGCGUCUUAACUACCGAAAAGCAGAAUUUCUUGUUGUUUGAUAUGACAACACAUCCUUUAGUCAAUUUACCGGCUAAACAGCGCUUAAUUAAAAGGAUUCAGGAUUCCUUAUUAACUCGUUGGAUUAACGAUGCCUCUAGAAUGGAUCCGUUUAUGCUAUCGCUAAUUUGUCUAGCUCAUGCGUCAGACGUAUUAGAAAAUUCCUUCACCUCACUGAUGGAUGAUGAUUAUGAAUUAGCUAUGAAACGAGUGCAUGAAUUAUUAGAAUUAGAUCCUGAAUUAGAAGCUCAAAAGCCUAAUGCGAACGAAGUGAUGUGGAGUGCCAUCUCAGCAUUCGUAAAGUAG